GCAAACAUGGCGGCAGGGCGUUACGUAGAGAGGCACCGGGGGGAGCGGACGCUGUUCGGGGAAUGGGGGGGUUUGAAUGAGGAUCGGACUGGGGAUCGAGCGGUAAAGUUUUGCUCGUUGGAGCGGGUGUGUGCGCAGAUCGCUGGUGGGGGGUCGCUUUGGCGGAAUGUAAGGGGGCUGCAUACACCGUUAGAAGGGGGAACACUGAGGUCCCCCCCCGCCCCCGGCCGACGCGGGAGUCACCCCCGGGGAGAUCGGUACAUUUUCUCCAACUAUUGUUUAAACUGCAACUUGACUGUGACUGCGAGAGUUAUAGUUCAGCGAACUCCCGAUUUGGGAUUUCUGGGGGCACAGAGAAGGCAAUGAGAAGGGAAUUCACAAAUGUUGUUUUCUGUACAGCCAGCAUGUGCCUGGGAGGGGUGUCAAAGAGAAACUGAAACAUGCCCCCCCUACCACCACCACCGCUGCUGCUGCAGAACUUCUUGGGAGUGUUUGCUGGACUCAUCAACGGGAAAUAAUGCAGCUUGGGCAGUAGAUGCAAGCACUUCGGGAUGUGGCUUGACGUGAUACAGAAGAAGGCUCCAUCUUAACCAAGUUUGCAGGUGCACAAUUAAAAUCCAUCUCUAUGCUGAUACAUAGCCACAGCCAGCAUUGGCCCUGCGAAACCUGCGGGUUUUAAAGACUCCGUUGCUCGAGUGGAUUAAGUCUGCAUCCAGUUACUGCAGGAUCUCCUAGUCCAUCCUCAGCAUGGCUAGCAAAAGGAAAUCAACCACACCGUGCAUGGUGCGAGCUUCUGAAAUUAUCGACCAGGCUGACAACGACCUUGACAUCCUUGGAGAAAACGCAGUCGUGCCUGGCCGAGAUGCAAAAGAUGACUCUUCACCAGACAAAGACAAACCUGUUAAGGACAGGGAAAUGGAAAACGAGAAGCCCCCGGCUGAAAACCAGUCCAAAAAACUUCAAGGGGGUUAUGAGUGUAAAUACUGUCCCUAUGUCACCCAAAAUCUGAACGAGUUUACCGAACAUGUCGAUAUGCAGCACCCCAACGUAAUUCUCAAUCCGCUUUAUGUCUGCGCUGAAUGUAACUUCACAACCAAAAAAUACGACUCCUUAUCCGACCACAACUCGAAAUUUCAUCCCGGCGAAAGUAACUUCAAAUUAAAGCUGAUGAAACGCAAUAAUCAAACUAUCUUAGAGCAGUCGAUUGAGGGAAGCGUCGACAUCAGCAGCGCCCAGGACCACUUUGAAAGUGAUGACAAUGCGUCCGGGAUUUCAGUAAGUAAAAUGCCAAUCAUGAAGUUCGGCAGACCGAGGGCCGAGGGUAAGAAGGCAACAAGGAAGGAAGAAGCGUUGCAUGAUAACUUGUAUGAUGGGAGCAACAUUGCAGAAAUGAAUGGGAUUUCCAGUGGGGAUAUUUUGGCUCAUGUUUCCCCUUUUGUUCAGCUUCCGCCCAAUAUUAACCUUCUUCCAAAAGUCCCAGUGCCUCUAAACAGCACCAAAUAUAAUUCUGCUCUUGAUACAAACACAACUUUAAUCAACUCGUUCAAUAAAUUUCCUUACCCGACCCAAGCAGAGUUGUCUUGUUUGACUGCUGUGUCCAAACACCCGGAGGAACAGAUUCGAAUAUGGUUUGCUACUCAAAGGUUAAAACAUGGCAUAAGCUGGUCUCCAGAGGAAGUGGAAGAGGCACGGACAAAAAUGUUUAAUGGCACUAUACAGUCUGUCCCACAAACAAUUACUGUCUUACCAGCCCCCCUAACCAAUUCAGCUAAAGUUUCUCAGCCUAUUAUCCAGACUGCUUUACCAUGUCAGAUAAUUGGUCAAACUGGGUUAGUCUUUACUCAGGUAGCUAACUCGCCCGCUGUGACCGUCCCUCAAUUUUCAUCUAAUACUGGUGCUAUUGCUAAUCAAAUCCAAAAACGUCAACAGCAGACACAGCAAGACACACCAGAACCCAAACGGCAAAUAGUUACACAUACACUACCAGCAAUUCAACCCAAGCUGAGUGCCAUACCACUAAAUGAACGUAAAAAGUCCAAGGAGCAGAUUGGUUUGCUGAAAUCCAGUUUUGUUCGAAGCCAGUUUCCCGACGAUACUGAAGUCUAUAGGCUGAUUGAUGCUACUGGGCUGUCCAGAAGUGAGAUUAAAAAGUGGUUCAGUGAUCAUAGAUAUCGGAGCCAGAGGGGCAUUGUUCAUAUCACUAGUGAAUCCAUAGCUAGAGACAGAGUAACAGCUCGAUCUACACGGGGUUACCAUCCAUACAGAGAUAUAGCUCCGCAGAAGGUCAUGGAGACGUCGGACGAACAGCUUGCUUGUCUUGAGAACAGUUUUCUUAAAAGUUCUUUUCCAACUCAAACGGAAAUGGAUCAUUUAAAAGCCGAGACUAAAAUGACUAGAAAAGAAAUAGACUUGUGGUUUUCAGAAAGAAGAAAAAUCAGGGAUUCCAUGGAGCAAGCUGUGUUGGAUUCUAUGGGCUCGGACAAAAUUGAUAUUGUACCAGUGAAUGGGGCUUCUCCUCAAAGGGGAAAUUUAUCUGGUUCGUGGCCACAAACAACUGCACCGUGCAAGUCUAAGCAGGAGCAGCUACAUUUACUAAAAAGCACGUUUGCAAGAACCCAGUGGCCUUCCCCGCAAGAUUAUGAUCAGCUGGCAUCACAGACUGGUCUUGUUAGGACUGAAAUAGUGAAGUGGUUUAAGGACAAUAGAUGCGUUCUAAAGACAGGAAGCCUAAGGUGGAUGGAACAAUACAGGAAGCAUUAUGAGCGCUCUCUAGACGAGAGAAGAAAGUACAUAAAGAUGAUUUCAGCCACUAAAGUAGGAAAAGACAUUCUCACAAGGUAUUUCCAUGAGUACACCCAGUUACACGAGGAGGACAUUGAUCUCUUGAGUUCAAGGUCACAGAUAAGCUCUGAUGAUAUAAGAGCAUACUUUGUGGAAUGGCAGCAGCAAGCAGCAUUAGAUCAAAUGGAGAACAGUAGCCAGGAUGAUGACGCCAUGACAGAAAAUGAAUUCACAGGCAAGGACUGGGCCAGUGGACCUCUUGGAGAUGAUGAGGCAAUUUCUGAUGGUGCAGACAGCUGGGGACAAGCAGCUACUGACACUCAAGAAGAUAUGCCUAAUUGAGAUUAUCAUGGUUAGUCAAGGUUAGUGGAUCCGCUCCAGUCUCCGGACGGUCUUAGUCUUUGAAGAUUAUAUAGAGAUAUAUUUUCCUACAAGAACUGAUAAAGAAAAAAUAAAUAAAAUCAAAUAAAAAGGAAGAUUAUUGGUGAAACCCUGGCACAGAACUCCUGGACUGCAAUUAAGUUCUUUUUGCCAAAGAACAACCUUCUAGAAGACCUUGUACAUUUUUUCCUCAAGAUAAUCCUGAAUUGAAAUCAUUUUGAAAUAAUAAAUAAAACGAUGCCCCCUCCCCCUUUAUUUCACAGAGGAUACAUUUGCGUUUUUUGUUUUUUAAUAAAAAACUAUGGAGUUGUUUAGAAAUAGUAACCACUAACUUGUUGUAUCCCCUGCCUGUACAUACAGUAUAUAUAUUUUUACUCCUUGUGGUACAUCCAUGCUGUUGUGGGACCACUUGCCUCGUAAGGGUUGGUAUAAAUCCAACAAUUUAACUUUCAUAGAAGAGAAUAAACUUGAGUCAUGAUUGCAGUUUUAUAUAGCAGAAACACCCCCUCCCCUUUCUGGUUUUGGUCUCUUCCUCAAGUACCUAUUGAUUUUAUUCUGCUUGGCUGCAAAUAUCAAAAAAGGGCUUCCUGGUGGUUUGAAAAAUUUUGGAACAUUUUCAUAUAAUGAAGUGAAAGGAUGAGGAGGGUUGCUUAGGAAAUGUGCAAAAUAUGUAUUUCAAUUGGUAGGGGGGUAAUGAAUGUUUCAAUGGACUUUUCGCUGAUAGAGGUGAGCACAACAAAUGAUUGCCCUGCCCCUCUCCUUUGAUUUUUAGGUCUAGUCACUGAUCCAGUGAGUGCACUUUCAGAUAACUCCCACCCUGCUCUCUCAAAAUGAACUUGUAUAUGUUGAAAUAAGAAUAAAUGUGUGUGGGGGGAAAAAUAUCCUUACUUCGGUAUACUGCACAAAUAUGCUAGGAAGUUUGAAUAAAAGUUUUUUUUUUUUUAAUAA